CCUGCUGUCGCUUCAGGAGUAUCUGAGGGCCUGUGCUGUCCAGAGUUGUGGAAGGAGGUUCGCUACCUGCCAGCCCUGGGCUGCACCUUCCUUGAGGCACAGGGCCUCUUCCUCAGCUGCCUCUGCUGGAGUCCCCUGGCCUACCUGCUGCCUGGACAUGGCUCCCUGACUGGGGGUGGGCUGACUGAGUCUUUCCUCCUGACCCAGAACUGGCUAGAGGAGCCAGAGGGGCAGCUGCACUCGGGCCCCGCCCCUCUGCUUACCCCGCCCCUGGGGAUCUGGGAGGUUGAGGUGACCUGGGCCUUUGGGGCCCUCAUUUGGAUCUGUGGUGACCAGUUUGCAGGUGACCUGCUGCAGCUACCCCCAGCAGUCCAGGAACUGUGUCUGAGCCUGGUGCAGGAUGCUGCAGGCCAGGAGGACAUCAUCGAGUGGCUCAAUUCCAUUGGCACUUGCUCUGACCUGGAGGUCCUGAUCUGCCCUCUUCAUCAGCAGGAGGAAAGCCAAAAAGUCAUGAGUUUAUUUGUGGUCUCAGGUAGCUGGGGUGCAAAGGACAAGGCUAGCCCAGGAUUUCCACAGAUAGAAAUAGGGCCACCUUUGAUGUCUACACCCCCACUCCAAGCUGGGAGUGAGCUGGGGGAUCAAGGAAGUGUGCAGUGGGAUUGUAAGGGGCCAGAAGAGGGGCCCUUCCCAGCACCACUCUCAGGGCAAGGGGUGCCUACUGCUGAAGGGAGGACUGUGACGGGGGGGCUGACAGCUCAGUCAGUACGUGAUGUUCAAACAGUGCCUGAAACUCUCCAAGUGCCCAUGACUACCAUAGUGCCCACAGCUCAAACCCCACCCACAAAUCAAGGGCAGCCUGCAGUCCCCCAAGUGCCUACAGCUCAGGUGAUGCCAGCUGUCCCCACAGAACCUGCAGCACCUGAAGUGCCUUCUGCUUCAAAAAAGCCAGCAGCUCAGGUGUCCACCGUUCAAAAGGCAGCCAUGGGUCAACCAGUGUCUGCAGUUCAAAUGGUACCUGCACCUCCCAAAACUACUCCUGCUCAGAAAAUGACUGCAGCGAAAACAUCACCUGCAGGUCCGCAGGCCUGCGAAGCUCAAACUGGGUCUGCCUCUAAAACAGGGUCCACAGCCCCCAAAACACCUGUGGCCCCCAAAUCCUCCAGAGCUCCGAAAAUGCCUGCAGCUCAGAAGGUGCCCCCAGAGCCAGGGCGCCUUUCAUGCAACAAACUCCUGAGCGAGGUCCAGCCUUCAGCAAGGGAUGCCUCCUUCCCAAAGGGCCAGGGGGAGGUGGGAAGGCAGGGUCCCCAGUCUGGCAGCAAGUUGGCUCCCAGUGGUAAGCAACAACCUCAGGUCGAUGGGCUCCCGGGGGCUUGGAAGGGGUCCGCAAAGCAGCCACCUUGCCAUCCACAGACAAAGAGCCCAGUGACCAGCUUUCAGAGGUGCCAUGAGGCCCUGAAAACACUCUUCAAGCUGAACCUAUUAAGGGAUCCUGGGAGCCAGGGGUUCCCCAUGGUCAUGAGCAGUGUGGCCAUGGUGCAUGGCCUCCAGCAUUUCUCCUCCUGCUGUGGAAUUGCCAUGCUGCAGUCUUUCUGGAACCGGGGGCACUCAGUGUUUGUACCCACUUGGCAGCUGAAGAAGAACUGGAGGGUGAGAGGUCUACUGCAUACCCCCUCCCAGCUUGAGAAUGGCAAGAAGAUCACCACCUAUGAUUGUAGGUUCAUAGUGAAGCUGGCGGAGGAGACAGAUGGCAUCAUCGUCACCAAUGAGCAGCCCCACAUCCUCAUGAAUAAAUCUAAGAAACUGAUGGUCAAAGAUCGCCUGCUGCCCUUCACCUUUGCAGGAGAUCUUUUCAUGGUGCCCAAUGACCCCCUGGGCCAUGAUGGUCCCAUCCUAGAUGAGUUUCUAAAGAAGCCAAGCAGGCUGGACACCGACACGGACAGCUUCCUGGAAGUGUGGAAGCCUCUUCCGCCAGUGGCCGGCCUCUCUGAGCUGAGGAAUGAUGCUGCUGCCCCUGUGCCCCUGGAGAGUCUGCAGAGUGUGGAAGAAGUCAGGGAGAAGGAGGAGGAGGGGCAGGGGAGGCAGGAGCAGGCUGAGGAAGAUGGCCUGGACUCGUCGCUGGCUUCGGGGUUCAGGGUUGAGUGCCCUUCCCUUAGAGUCCUCCGGUGCCUAAGCCUCCACGACCCCCCUCCUGGGGCCCUAACAUCCAUCUCCUGCCAGCUGUUGCUUUUCCCUACCUGGGAUAGGAAGGCCAUCUGCCAGUAGGCUUGCGCUCACCGGGCCCAGCUGACCAUCCCCAGCAACUUCACCAUGCUCUCCUUUAUGGGGUUCAUGGACUCCCACCAGGAUGUCAUCCUCAACUACGAGGCCUUUGUGGGUGCCCUGCACAGCCGCCUCAAGCAGAAGCCCAGCUGGCAGUGGGACUGGGAGCUCAAGAAGGCCUUGCUGGUCCUGAGUGAGUGAGCCUCGGUGUUCACCCUCUGCCAGUCAGCACCCAACUCCCAGCUGCCUUUCCACCUGGAGGUGACAGUGAGCCAAGUGGCCCUAAUGGCCACUGUCUAUCAGGAGCACUCAGGGAGGAAGCACCCCGUAGCCUAUACCCCAAAGCCCCUCUUUCCUGAUGAGGAAAGUGAGGGCCCCCAGUUAGGGGGAGACAGCCCCUACGCGAACUGGGCCCUCAAGCAUUUUUCCUGCUGCACUGGAGACACCCCAGUGGUCCUGGACCUUUCCUGUGCCUCCCGGACCGAGGUGCAGGAUGGCAGUGUUUCCAAAGCAUUGUUGAUCUGAUGGUCCCUCUCAGUGCAGCACAAAGGCAAGAGGGCCCUGGAAUUGACGCUCUUCCAAGGCCUGCUGGGGGAAAACUGGCUGCGGACACCCAUGUCCUCAGUGCCUCACUUUUUCCAGGUUCUGCCUCCUUUUUCUGCCAUUCACUUUGUCUCCAUCCACAUGUCCAGCGACUGCUUUAACCAGGAGGACAAGUGGUAUGCUGGCUUUGGUCUCUAUGUCCUGUCCCCCACCAGCCCCCCUGCCUCCCUUUCCUUCUCUUGCUCUGCUUACACACCCACCUAUGCCCACCUGGCAGCCGUGGUGGGGCUGGAGUGCUGUGGUCAGUCCCACCUGCUUGUGGUUUUCCUCACACCUUGCAACUGGACCUUCAGCCUCCUCUGGGAGCUCCUGCCCCUGUGGAGGGCUCAGGGUUUCCUCUCCUCUGAUGGGGCUCUGCUACCUCACCCAAGUCUGCUCUCCUGCAUCACAUCCCUCACCUCUGGCCUCUCCUCCCUUCCAUUUAUCUACUGAACCUCCUACAGGGGCUCCCUUUUUGCCGUGACAGUAGAUGCCCUGGCCAAGCAGGGUGCAGGGGGUGGGCAGCAGUGGGACUUGCCAGAGGAUGUGCCUGUCCCCAUCGUGUCCCCCAAUGCCAUGGCCAAGAGGCCUGACUUGCUGGCAUUGCAGCCGAGUGAUGGCACCUGGGAUAUCAUUGCCAGGCUGAGGGCUGGGCAGAAAUUGUCUGGCUCCUCACCCUUCAGUUGCUUUUACUCAUGCAACCUCUACAAGGAGAGUGGCCUAUUCAAGGGGCAGUAGAAGCCCAGGGUCUGGGUGCUUCCGAGGCAGCUGUGCAGGGAUCUGAUUUUCUCUGUGGGCGACCUCCCCCUGGGGGCCCCCCAGCCCAAGGAGACUUACAAGAAGUUGUGGUUGCUGGGGUGGUGGCCUGGAUGCAGGAGCUGCUCAUUGUGCAUCCCCUGAAAUCUCAUAGGCAGUGAGCUGAAAGUUAUUGAAUCCCCGUGGCCCCUCAGGUGGACCACCCGCUGGUCGAACCUACAGAUCGAGGUGGUGGGCCCUGUCAACAUAAGUGAGGAGGGCCACAAGCAUGUGCUGACUGCAGCCAGCCCCAAUACCAGGUGGGUGGAGGCAUUCCCACUGAAGCCUUACACCCACACCCCUGUGACUCAGGUGCUGCUUCAGCAUGUGUUUGCCAGGUGGGGUGUUCCAGUGAGGGUUGUGGCUGCCCAGGGCCCCCAGUUUGCCCAGCAUGUCCUGAUGAGCUGUGGGCUGGCGCUGGGAACCCAGGUGGCCUCCCUGAGUCAGUUCCCCUGCCUGACCAGCUCAGAGGCCCACAGGGAAUUCAAGAGGGUCCUCAAGGAUUUCAUCUUCCUGCACAGCAAGAAGUGGGCAGCUUUCCUGCACCUACUGCACCUAGCCUUCAGGGCCUCCUCCUCCCAGGCCACGCCCGUCCAGAUCCUGACCGGGGCCCAAGUGAAGUGGGCUGAGCCCCUGUGGUGGGAGCUGAGCAGUACAAAUAUCGAAGGGCUCAAGAUGGACGUUUUCUUGCCACAGCUGAUUGGGGAGCUGCUGGAGAUACAUGGUGGGUGACAAGGGAAGUGAAAAGGUGAGAACAGGAGUUUCAAGCAGGAGAGACAGGAGAAGGUGUGGAAUGUGGGCGAACAGGUCCUCUUGCUGUCCCUCCCCAGGAAUGGAAGCAGUGACAAAUGGGUGGGUCCCUUCUACAUGGGAGACUGGCUCAGCUUGUCUCUUGACAGGGUCUAGGGCUUCCCAACCCCAGAGAAGCUUGGGUGCAUCUAUCUUAGCAGUCUGAUGAAGGCCUUUGCCAAGAGUGGCAUGCCCCUGGCCUUCUAGGACUUGGAGCAGGGACUGGGGUUGUGGAGGCAUACCUGCCCCAGGGCCCUGGGCUUCUGCAGCUGGGCCUCUCCCUGCCCCAGCAGAGGUCUCACAGCGCCCCAGGGGCUUCUAUUGUGCCUUUUGUAGAGAAGUCAAUUCAUACAGCUUUGCUGAAUUGUCUUGAACUGGGUACCUCAGUUUGGGGUAUUGGGAGAAUCCGCUAAAGGCUGUCAGAUCUGGGCCUCUGGCUAUCUUACCCCGGGAAGCAGGAAGUCCCCUUAGUAAGGUAGGCCAGGCUCAGUGUUGCUUGCCAAGUGCUCCCUUUGCCCUGCUGCCUGUGUGCAGGGGUAAACCCCCAACCCCUGGCCUGAAUCUCACUCCUGGUGGCCAUCCUAACCAUGAAACAAUGUGGCUCUGGGCCUCAGAAUCUGAGCCCCUUUUCCCUCUCAUACAGAAACCUUGAAUGUGGACUCCUCCCCUGACUUGUUCAUCUGGGGACACUUUGCCCUGGAAGUUGUCACAGUUGACAAAUCCAUGUGGGCUGUGGAGAGGCAGCCUGUUUGGUCUCAUGGUCAGCUUUCUCAGGCCGAGCUAGGCUUGCCUAGCUGUCGAGGAAGGGCUGGUGGUCCUGGGCCUGAGGCCUGGGGCUGGGGUGGGGGGAUGGCCGGCCACACAGCACCCUGCUUGUCAGCUUGGGAAGGGCGAGGGGAGAAGUCAGCUGACCUCAUUUGACUUUAGUCAAUGGAGACAACUCCCCGACCUCUGCAUCAGUGGUAUCAACUGCAGGAAUCAAGGAGCUCGAUGCCAAGGGUGGCAUCUCUACCUGAAGAGCUGCUUCAAAUAGGCCAAGGGGCCCAGGCCUCUGUUUCCCAGGGGGGGUGCGGUUGUCUGCAGGGAGCAGCCUAGCAGCCAGUGAGGUGCUGGCGUGGCUCUUCCUCCCAAAGCCCAUGGCCCUCUCUCACACACCCACCGUCCCCUGAGUCCCCAUGCCCUACAUAGUGUGUGACAGCUUUGGUCGGAUCACCCCCCAGCCCCUGGACCUGCCCUCCGUGUAGAGCAAAGCUGGGGCUCCUUCAGAGGCCCUCUCGCCAAGAUCACUCUUGUAGUGAGAGCGAGCUUCUCCUAGGUAAGUGUGCUUACAUUUCUCCCGAACAGCUGCCACUGCCAGCAGUGUAAGUGCCAGGUGAGGGCCAGCACCACGCCACUCUGCCUGGGCCUCUGUGUAGUUCUGUUUCUCCAAAGCUGAGACAGUCUCAGCCUAGUUUAGGCAGCCAAAACACUUGGUGCUGCUAGGGCUGGAGCAGGGCCUACCAUCAAGUCCUGUUUGCUCAUUUUAUAGUCAAGGAAAGAGGCCCAGAGAGGGGAAGUGACUUGCCAGAGUCACACAGCUAGUCUGUGGCUGGGCUGAGACCAGGAUUAAGUUCCUAACUCUCAGUUCACCAUAAACAGGGUUCUGGUGACAGGUUCAAGUGAGGGAAUCCCUCAAAGCCUUAUACCUACAUUCUCUCCAACCCCAAAUCUUGUAGACAAAUUAUUUAGAUGUUGCCCUUAAAACAUUUCCAGGUGUUAGUUCUUUCCAGGAAAGAAUGAUUGGGUGACAGCUGAGAAACUGAAAGGUGAGCUUGGGAAUUUUAGCAGAUGCCUUCCUUCCUCCUUUUCUCCCUACUCCUCCCCUCUCCCCUCCUUCCUCUGGUAUGGCCAACCUCAUUCUCCCUUCUCCUUGCUAUACCUAUUUCCCCUGUUAACCCCAUUUGUGAUCUUAUACCCCUUUAUGUGUCUUUAAAAUUUUGAUUUGUCAAUAAACAUGAAAAUGGA